CGAAGCACCACAGUUUCUUUCGAAUUCAUCACAUUAAAUGGAAGCAUCUCGAUCGAUUAGAUGCAUGCAAACAUACAUAACAGCACGAGCAAAGACCUGAAGAGCCUGGAAACAAAGAAUCUUUUCUGCGUGAUUGGAGGUGAAAAAGUGUCACGACAACUUACCUGUCUUAAAAUUGAUUCCCUGUCAAAGAAAAGUGCAUUGUAUCGAAUAAGAUUUGUGAAGAGAACUGAAGGCAGAACAUAGCAAUGACUGGUGAAGAUAAUUGGCAGACGAAACUCCUAACUAUUGUCGAGAGAACAACGCUUAUGUUCAAUAAUGAAUUGUUGAGCGAUGUAAAAUUUGUUGUUCCACUAUCGAAUGGCGAAGGUGAAAGAAAGAUGGUGAUUCCAGCUCACAAGUUUGUGCUUGCAAUCAGUAGCCCUUUGUUCUUUACUAUGUUCUAUGGUCAAAUGGCAGAGACUAAAGACUCUGUUGAACUGCCUGACUGUAAUUACGAGAGUCUGUUGGAGUUGUUUCGUUUCUUGUACACCGACAGAGUGAAUUUAACCGGAAGUAAUGUGAUGCAGGUGUUUUGCUUAGCGAACAAAUAUAUGGUGUCCUCGCUCGCACAGAAAUGUGCAGAAUAUCUGCGAGAAAACCUGAAAGCAUCCAACGUCUUUUGCAUCCUUCCAUACGCUCGGAAAUUGAAAGAUAAACAUUUAGCAGAUCGAUGCUGGAACGUGAUCGAGAUGCAUACAGAAGAGGCUGUGACGUCAGACGAAUUUGUUACAGUUGAGCGAUCUGUGCUUAAAUCUGUUGUGAAGAGGAGAACGUUAAAGGUAAAGGAAGUGGAACUGUUCAAAGCUGCUGAUCUUUGGGCUACAAAAGAAUGUGAAAGGCAAGGAGUAAUUCCUGUUGGAGAAAUGAAGCGACAAAUUCUUGGAGAAGAUAUUGUAAAGGCAAUAAGGUUUCCACUGAUUUCACAGAAGGAGUUCGUGUCAGCUGUGAUUGAUUCUCAAAUUCUUACUCUUGAUGAGGUUGGAACCAUGAUGAAACACUACUGUGGCGUCCUAAAGUCGCCUUUGCCAUUUAAGAAAACCAGAAGGGGUAAACUCUUUCAUCUGCGAAGUAACCGAUUUCAGAAGUUUAGUAGUGGCUGUUACUAUAGUAAAGCCGAUAGUAUCAAGUUCACUGUCAGCAAACCAAUCAUGUUACGUGGAGUUCAAUAUUUUGGCUCAAAACAUGGCAAGCACACUGUUUUUACAGAAGUUAAAGAUACCGUCCAAAACUCUUGUCUUGGAAAAGAAUCAGGAACUUAUCACUCAAAAAAGGACGCUUGGAACAACUAUCAUGGCUUCGAUGUAUUAUUUGAGUCUGCACUGUGUUUGGAAGCAAAUAAACAAUACACGUUAGUGUCAGUUUUCAAAGGUCUCAUUUCAUGGUACGGACUUGAGGGACAAACAACAGUUGAAUCCGGAGGAGUGCAAUUCACGUUUAGUGAAUCAAAUUGUGACUUCAAUAAUACUUCAGUGACCAGGGGACAGUUUCCGGCUCUCAUUUUCAGCUAGCUUUUGUGGAUAAAAUUUUCUAACAGCUCCAUAUAGAGAGAUACCUUGCUUUAAUUUUGUUUUUCUGAAAGAAUUGAAAUUUGUUAAACA